AUGGUAGGCGCAACAAUCAGAAAGGAUUAUAGCGAAACAGUCAAGUUGAAUGAAGAACAGCUACAAGCCGUCUCACAUCUUGACCCAGAACUCGUCAAGAUCGGGCACGAGGUGGUUCAAAAGCAGAAGAAGGAGAGUUUCAUCCAAGCUUGGAAGACUCACGGCCGUGCAGCAGGAUGGAGUAUCUUCUUGACCAGCGCCUUGCUGAUGGAAGGCUUUGACACCGCCAUUAUCAACUCUUUCUUCGCUCUUCCAUCCUUCUUGACAAGCUUUGGGGUAAAAGGCAAAAAUGGAAAGCUAGCCAUCCCUGCCAACUAUCAAAGUGGUCUGGUCAAUAUUGCCUAUGUUGGUCAACUCAUAGGAUUGGUCCUCAACGGUUGGUGUCAAGAACGUUAUGGUUCCCGAAGAACCUUCAUAGGCGGCAUGAUCCUCAUGACGGCCACCAUCUUCCUGGCUUUCUUCACCGUCAGCUUGAACAUGUUACUCGCCGCGGAGCUCAUGAUGGGUAUACCUUGGGGAAUGUUCCAAACUCUGUCCACCGCUUACGCGGCUGAGAUUUGCCCUAUCCAGCUUCGAGGCUACUUGAGUGCUUUCGCUUCCGUUGGUUUCGGCGGUGGCAGUUUCAUCGCUUCUGGAGGUGAAUAUGGAUGGAGACUUCCGUAUGCUCUCCAAUGGGUAUGGCCAGUACCUCUUGCUCUAGGUUGUUUCUUCGCUCCUGAAAGCCCUUGGUGGCUGGUUCGAAAAGGCCGAUUCGAAGAAGCCGAAAAGGUCAUUAUCCGAUGUGCGAAACCCGGAUUUUACGCCGAGAAUGAAGCUGCUGGAUACGUCACUUUUAUGCGUCAUACCGAUGCCCUGGAAAAGGUUGACGCAAAAGGUGGCAGCUGGGGUGAAAUGUUCAAGGGUGUGAACUUGAGGCGAACUGAAAUUAUGUUCGGUGUCUGGCUUGUACAACUCUGGAACGGGAAUAUCAUCACAGGUUUGACUGUGGAGAUGCUUGAGAAUGCUGGUAUGAGUGCCACAGGAGCCUUCAACAUGAACCUUGUUCUUUCAGCAAUGUCGAUAAUUGGUGUUGCGAUAUCAUGGGUCGCUCUUGGUUGGAUCGGACGAAGACCAAUCUACCUUCUAGGUAUUGGCCUCGAAGCAUGCUGUCUCUUACCUAUUGGCAUAUUGGGAGCCAUCACUCAAACGGAUGCACGACUCAAUGCGAUGGGUGCUCUUAUGAUUAUCAUCAACCUUCUUUUCCACUUCUCGCUUGGUCCCGUCUGCUACGCCAUCGUCGGAGAGCUUCCCUCGUCCAGACUUCGAAGCAGAUCUAUCGUAUUGGGUCGAGGCGUUUACGUGAUCAGCGCUAUCAUCGGAUCACAAUUACGGGCUAGAAUGGUCACGGCGACUGCUUGGAACUGGGGUCCCAAGUCUGCCUUUUUUUGGCUCGGUUGUAACCUUGUCUGUUUCACCUGGACCUUUUUCCGUCUCCCCGAGACCGGUGGAUUCUCCUUUGCCGAGCUCGACAUCCUGUUUGCCAACAAGGUGCCUACACGACAGUUCACCAAAGUCAAGAUCAGAAACGAUGCAGUCGAGAUUGGCACCGAAAAGCAAGUCUUCGAUCACGAUGAUAAACAGGAAGUCGAACAUGUUGAGGGUGGUACCAUCUUGGACGAAGAAGAGAGAGCCGUUGUACAACACGAAGAGGUUCCGGGACAUGUUCCUACUUUGGCUUGA